AUGGAAAUUGAUCGCCGGGUUAAACUAGAAACUCUUGUUGCAACUGAAAAAAGGGCGGCAAAAAAGGCUACUCAGAAACUCGAGUUGAAAGAGGCUGAAUUAUUGCAAGUUCGAUCCAUGCUACACGACGUUAAUGAAACGAAGAGCGAGAACAAGGUCUUAAAGCAACAGCCUGAAGCGAGUGAUUUUGACGAAGAUUUAUUCCGUAGAAGCAAGCCGGUUCAGGCCCUUGUGGCGUAUAUUAAUAUGCUACACGACUUUAAUGAAACGAAGAUCGAGAACAAGAUCUUAACGCAACAGCUUGAAGCGAGCGAGUUUUACGAACGUAAAAUGACUCAAGAGCUGGAAAUGAAGAAUAAAAGAAUUUCUGAAAUUGAAAUUACAGUCAAAAAUGCUAUUGAUAGACUUUCAGCUGUUAAGACCAAAAAUGUUUCCAAAAGUGGUUCGGAUGGACUUGGCGGCUCAAUUCAUGGUCUUGGUGAUCGUGCUCUGACCCGUAUCGAAAAUGCUCCUUCAAGCUCCUCGUCGGUUUUGGGUCGCUCGAGUUUGCCGCUUCAAAGCUUCGCUUCAAAACGUCCAGCUCCAGUUCAAUCAAUCAGCGAGGUUCCGAAAGCCAAAAAGAGGGUCACAUUCUUCUCAGCAGCAGAGUUUUUGGAU